UCUCCUCAUUCAAAGUUUCAGACACACAAAAACAUAUAAACCCUUUUCUCCAUAUUCAGAUUUUCAUCCUUCACUCGCAAUGAUGAGUUCUUCAAGUUUUAGAUUUAAGCUUCUUCUGCCUAUUGUAUUUGGCUGUUUGAUGACUGCUUCUGCUGGAAACUUCUGGAAUGAUGUUGAUAUCACAUGGGGAGAUGGUCGAGGUAAGAUCCUCGACAAUGGCCAGUUUCUUACCCUCUCCCUAGACAAAGCUUCUGGAUCGGGGUUCCAGUCCAAGAACCAGUAUCUCUUUGGCAAGUUUGAUAUGCAGCUCAAACUUGUCCCUGGAAACUCUGCUGGCACCGUUACCACCUUCUAUAUGAAGUCACCUGGGUCUACAUGGGAUGAGAUUGAUUUCGAGUUCCUGGGAAAUUUGAGUGGCGAUCCUUACAUUCUUCACACCAACGUGUUCAGCCAAGGAAAGGGUAACAAGGAGCAGCAGUUCUAUCUCUGGUUCGACCCAACUGCUGAUUUUCACACAUAUUCCAUCCUCUGGAAUCCCGAACGCAUUAUCUUUUCUGUUGAUGAUACACCCAUUAGAGAAUUCAAGAACAUGGAAUCAAAAGGUGUUACUUAUCCCAAAAGCCAGCCCAUGAGGAUCUACUCCAGCUUGUGGAAUGCUGAUGACUGGGCUACAAGGGGUGGUUUAGUGAAGACAGACUGGAGUCAAGCUCCUUUCACAGCUUCUUACAGGAACUUCAAUACCAAUGGUUGUGUUUGGCCCAAUGAGGCAUCUUCUUGCACUCCAACUUCCCAAUCUUCUGCCUCAGACAACAACUCGUGGCUAACUCAAGAGUUGGAUUCCACUAGUCAGCAGAAGAUGCAGUGGGUGCAAAAGAACUACAUGAUCUACAACUACUGUGCUGAUAUCAAGAGAUUUCCUCAGGGUCUACCUUCGGAGUGCAAUGUGUCCUAGAGGAGGACAACUAAAAAAUAAAUGACGAAGCUUAAUUGUUUAGGCUAAAAUUCUUUAAUUCUUUAUUUUUAUAAUUUUUUUCAAUGAAAUAUAGAGAUUUUAUACAAGUUAAAAUUAAAGUGAUUGCAAUUGGAUAUGCA